GCGGCGGCGGCGGCCCGCGGCCCAACGGGCAGACCAAGCCUCUGCCGGCGCUGAAGCUGGCGCUGGAGUACAUCGUGCCCUGCAUGAACAAGCACGGCAUCUGCGUGGUGGACGACUUCCUGGGCAAGGAGACCGGCCAGCAGAUCGGCGACGAGGUGCGCGCCCUGCACGACACCGGCAAGUUCACGGACGGCCAGCUGGUCAGCCAGAAGAGCGACUCGUCCAAGGACAUCCGAGGCGACAAGAUCACCUGGAUCGAGGGCAAGGAGCCCGGCUGCGAGACCAUCGGGCUGCUCAUGAGCAGCAUGGACGACCUGAUCCGCCACUGCAACGGGAAGCUGGGCAGCUACAAAAUCAAUGGCCGAACGAAAGCGAUGGUUGCUUGUUACCCAGGCAACGGAACGGGGUAUGUGCGUCACGUUGACAACCCGAACGGGGACGGAAGGUGUGUGACGUGCAUUUACUACCUGAACGAAGGCUGGGACGCCAAGGUAAGUGGAGGUAUACUUCGAAUUUUUCCAGAAGGCAAAGCCCAGUUUGCUGACAUUGAACCCAAAUUUGAUAGACUGCUGUUUUUCUGGUCUGACCGCCGCAACCCUCACGAAGUGCAGCCAGCAUACGCUACCAGGUACGCAAUAACUGUUUGGUAUUUUGAUGCAGAUGAGAGAGCGCGAGCUAAAGUGAAAUAUCUCACAGGCGAAAAGGGCGUGAGGGUCGAACUGAAUAAACCUUCGGAUGCGAUCGGCAAAGACGUCUGAUAAAGAGACCUUGACCCAGCGAUGCCCCACUUCGCCUACGGCGAUCGCCGACACUGUCCUUAACUCGUGGCUGCAAAUAAACGGGACAGCCCGUUGGCAUUCGAAUAAGGAAAAAGAAACAAGUUUUUUGUGUUGCAUCAGGAAGGAGAUUGUGACUGUGUGGCUUUCACUGCAUGACCGACUCCAAACCCGCGGUCGCUCAUGGGAAGCAUAUAAGCUAUCAACUGAAAGUGGUAUCUACAUCUGGACAUUGGAAAAAAGUGCCCUGGGUAGAAUUUUUUCAUUCUUAUAUUUUGUCAGAUCUGUCAUCUAGCUGAGUUCAUUUCAUCUCUCCCUUUUUUAUAUAGUCAAGUUCGAAUUUGAAGUAAUUUUUGUAUGAUCAGGUACAAUUUAUCAAAACUGAAUUGAGAAAAAAUUACUCAAGUAUUAUUCCCCAAAAUAGCAUCAAUCUAUUUUUGUAAACCUCUUCGUACUAUUAAAUUUCACCCUAAAAGACCUUUUGUAAUGAUCGUUGCCAGUGACCGAUGCCUGCUUUAAUUUUCUUUUUAUUUAAAACGAGGGCACUUUACCUGCCAGCAGGAAGACCAGACCGCCGCGGUCCUGCGUCACGCCGAUUCGAGCUCUGGAAGAUCGCUGCUGUCGCCGUCUUGACAUCGUUAAUGAUGAAGCAUAACAGUAAAAUCACCACCGUUCUCCUACCAGUAACUUUCAGUUCAUGUUUCAUGAGCAAAAACAGGAAGACGGUUUCGGCCGAAGUUUCUCAAAGAGCCACAGUGACUGGCGCUGGGUGGACUUGCGGGUCGUCGGCACGGGGUCCCGGGGCGCAGGGCCCUCGGCCGCCACGCGCGCCCGGUCCUCACGCUCACCCCUUCGCGUCCCGUCCGGCUGCUGGCACUUCAGGUUUCGCGCUUAGGUUUUCCCGCCCCGGACCCGUCCGGUCCCAGGGACGGCAUUGGGGAGCGGUGCAGGACUCGCCCCGGCACCGGGAGACGUGCGUUCAGCUUAAACAAAACAAAACAAAACAAAAACGAAAGAAGCAAAAAAUAAGAUAAUUUUAUUUUUACGUGUUAGGAGUUUUCUUUCUUACUUUCCAGAAAAGGAGGGACUGUUGCAGACUCACGCGGCCUCCCAGACUCCGUUCCGGGCGUCGUGGACUGCGGGUCCCCGGGGCGCGCGCGGCCGUGUGAGGCCUCGCCCGCCGCAGCUUCCCGUCUCCGCCCUUGAUCUUUGCCAAAACGACGUGAGCGCACAGAGGCGUUUCUGUGUGUCUCACCUCGGGACCGUUUUCGCACUUGCAGAGUUCGUGUUCAGUUAGAGACCUUUUCCAUGGACAGCUCAGUGAUUGUUAUCAAAAGAUGGCCACGUUCGUGUAAAACACGGACCCCAGCCAGUGGCCCGGACGGCGGGGACGCGCGGGCCGGGAUCGGACGCGCAGCGCCGCGCUCUCGCGUAGGAGAACCGGGGACACCACCGUCCUUUACUCGCGCUUUUCCUGGGCGUUCAGCCUCGUCCCGGAUGAUACGACGCGACGUCUCUGCAGCCUGUGUCGCCACCAGCCCGGCCUGGGAGCACGAGCCGCCGCGCCGUCCGGUCCGCCGUGCGGCGCGGCCGCUUUAGACGCCGGCGGAAACUGUUGCGUGGCUGGGAGGCUGGCCUCGCCGCGGGGUGCAGAAGCCGCCGUUUAACCCGGGAGCCCGUGUCCGUCACCCGAGCAGUGCCGCUCCCCCGUCUGGGGCUGUCCUGGCGAACAGGUCCUGCGUUUUGUGUUUUUUGGGAAAGUCUGUAUAACGUCUUGGAGAUCAUUGUGAAAAGGGUGGCGAAAUCAGAUCGCCCCCUCUUCCGCGUCUGCUUACAAUCUGUUCACUUCACGUUGGUGCCACCGGUACCUUGUCAGCAAGCAGAACUCUGUUCAACACAAAAUUUGAAAUUAUUUGUGGCCUAAAUGCGUUUAAUCCUGGUUAAAGAUAAAGCUUCUAAUGCUGUCUUUAUUCAACACAUUAACCAGCUGUACAGUACAGACCUUUAUCAACAGCAGGCAACGCGUUUCGGGGUGCGCGUCCGGACAGGCUGGAAGGUCGUGUCAUGUUCUGUCAUGAGCGCUCCAGCUGCUUGUAAAGCUAAUCUCAUUAAAACGAUGCAUAAACGUCCUUGGAAA